AUGACAUCACGGUCCAUCCUAACCUGCCUGCGGUUGCUAUGGCGCGAGCGGCGUUUCUUCGUGGAAGAGCACGCUGCCCAGGCCAUGACGGCGGUCUUACGUGCUCUCGCGCAUUAUGUUAGCAGCGGCUCCCAUGCCGCCGUCGACGCUUGCUUACAUUUCCUAUACGAUCUCCUUACUGGCGUCAGCGCCAACGAAGCCAUAUCACCAUUAUCCCACCAAAGCGCAUACAGCGCUAUACAACUCCUAGCUUGCCUAAAAGCUCUCGCCAGUCGCAUCAACGCAAAUCCAAACACUAUCCUAUCCAGCGGUUUAGUCCUACAUUCCCUAUUAUCGUACCAACCAGAUAACUUAGAUAUCAAAGGGGAUAUAGCUAACGCGUUAGUGGAGAUCAUCAGUCAAUGGUUUGCAUUGCUUUUGGGAGCGCUGAAUCAUUCUACUCUGGUUGGUGAUAAUACCAAAUCUGGGAUGUUUCUGGUUGUUACGUGCCAUUUGGGUAUUGACGUCUUAAGACUUAUAAAACUGUUACACGACGGUAAGCAGAAAACAGAUUUUAUUCAGACAAUCUUGGUUGACGAUCAAGAGAUAGCCACGUUAAAGCAAUGUGCCUUUGAAAUGAAAAAAUCAAUCCAUCGUAUUAUGACCGAACUUGUUGGUUUCAUAAAGGAGAAUCAAAAUCAAAUAUCAACGGAAGAAUACGGAGUGUUCUUGAAGUUUCUUCUCGCUUUUUUAUACGAGAACGAGAAUAUUGAAGUUAUGUCUGAUUUCUGUGAAGUAUUAUUCUCAAAAGGAUACUUGGCAAUGCUGCCGCAGGCACAAAUUGUAAGAAAAGACGUAACAGUGCGUAAAGUGAGCACAUUAGUUCUCGGUGAAAUGUUGAAAGUGUUAUCUGGAAAAUACCUAAAUGUCAACGAUUCUGGAAAUGAUCAUGGGACCUGUGCUAGAGACAUACAUAUGGGCCUAGUAGAAGUACAGAACGCAAUAGAAAAGCCUCAAAACAUAGGGAUACAGCUACAGAAAAGACAACCUUAUGGUCUUUUAAUUUACAUUUAUUUCUACUGUCAAUCGUCUGAAAAUCCCGAAGAAGCAACGGCCCCAUUACUCCCAUAUUUAGUGGAGCAUAUUUUGAGACUUCCACGAACAUUUUUGCCACCGAAGUACAUUAUUAAAGCUUUAUGGCUAGUCUUUGCUAUGUCGUCAAUAUCAAACGGCUCUUUAGAGUCGCUACAAGAAAGAGUGUACCUAGAGAAAGCAACGGAUCGCCUAAUCAAUAUGUUGAAGUCAGACCCGUCGGUGUAUUACACGCAUAACCCCGCCAUUUUGCUGUGGGUCUUUACUUCACUGCGGAUUCCUAAUUAUAUUCGAUUACAUGUUUUAUCACAAUGGCUUAAAAUCGAGGACUCAAUUCCCGAAGAUUUGACAUCAAAACCAAUAGUCUGGGAGCUUCUCGUCAACAUUCUUAUUCAAAAUAAGAACUCGAAAAUAAUAAACAACUGUAUGAAGGUUCUUCACGAGUGUUUGGAGGAGGGUGAUGAUGAGGCCAGGGAAGAGUUCGCUGGUGCAGUUUGGACGUCGUUGCCUGGAGUCUUGUCUAAGACUCUGAUUGAUGAUUUUGAAAUUGAUGCAAACAUCUGCCAUCUCCUAGAAAUAGCUACGACUCUUCUGCCCAACGAAAUAGACCAGACUACGUGUUUGAAGAUUGCCGUGAUAAUUACGACCAUGUUCGCAAAGAAUAAGGACCAUAUGAAUGAGAUGGACUGGAGAUGCCACUACGAAUAUGUGUGCUUGAAGUUGAGUUUGUAUUUGCUGGGUUUGUCUAAUAACCAGAAUGAUAAUAGAGUAUUGCUGACAUACAUAAAUCGGCCGGGGUUUCUACCGAGUGUACUGACAGCAACCAACUCUUCAGACGACCGGGUCGCUUGCGCAGCGCUUCAACUACUGUCCUAUGUCGUACAUUACUUUACUAAGAACAAAUACCAGCCAAAAUCCAUUCUCCAAAUUCAAACACACUUGGUAAUAAAAUCCCUCCGUCGGGACAGCACUAGCGAGCGUGGAGCAUCUCUACUCCAGCUAGUAUACAUGGUACUCAACUCUGGUCCCAGUACGCCACUGGUGUUGUCGUACUAUGUGGAAAACCAACCGUCAGUGGUGGAGCAAUGUGACGCGCUUAGAGCGCUGAUGUUUCGGAUACAGUUGAUGCUAUGUUGCAGGGACUCCAAAAACCAAUCCCUAGCCGGCUGGAAAACCCUCAGCUCUAUCUUCAAACACGCAAUUCUAACGAAAAACGAUCCAAAAUUAGUCGCAACAUUGACUUCCCAACCCUGGACGCUCACCUUGGUACAAUUUCAACUGGCACAAAACAUUACCGAGGAAUUUUUAACAUUCGUACAAAACUGGCUGACUCUCCUGAGGAUUACGAUAAAGAAGAGUCAAGAAGGAAAAAGAAGACAGCUAUCGAAGUACAGUUUGGUAACGAGAACACUUCUUAUGAUGAAAAAGAAUUUGGUGAUCGAUGAAGAAUUAAAAGACUUGAAAGAGAAGAUAUUGGCGAUUGUAUGGGAGAUGCUAGAACUUUCUGGAAUACGAGUCAACUAA